AUGCAACUGAACUCCGCCACAGGAAAAGCGACUAGCUAUCUUGAACCCAAUGAUGAGGACGUAGCGAUAUGUGCCCAUCAAUUAGUGAAUGGUGCAUUAGCACUCGACAACUUCCGUCCAAUACGAGAACUAGAAAAGUUGAAAGCCGAUGGUGAUCGAGCAUUGGAGACAACCCUUUUUUCAUCACCCGAUGAAAAGAACUUGACUAUUAGUCUUCAACGUAACACGAAUGCAUGGAUAGAAACAGCCAAAGAUUGUCUAAGCGUUGUUAUCAAUCUCAGCGGUUUGGUGAACACAUGUGGACCUGCCAUACAAGCUGGUGUUCUCACACCUGCGGACGUAUCUCGUGCAAUCCAGCAUGCCCAAUCAAUUGGUGAAUCAUCGAAACGAAUCUAUGAGCGAGCGUCUGAUAUGGCUGUGGAUAAUUCUAAUCAGUUAUUGGCAGCCAUUGAAAGCAGGGAGAACGCAUCUCAAGAUCUAACGGUCAAAAUGGCAGUAGAAAAACAUCGAAAUGACCUGAAAAGAUUCCAGCAAGGAGAAGUGACUGUAAAUGUACCACACCAGAGCCAUGCCGAGUUACUCGAAUCAAUUCAGAAAUCCGGAUUGAAUCAAGAACCUAAUGUACGUCAAAAAGCCGAUCAGUCUGAACGGGCCUGGAAUAUAGCUAAAGCUGUCGGAACUGUCGUUUUAGCUGUUGGUAUCAUUAUUGGAUUCGCGAUACUGAAACGUUGAACGAGCAUUUACAAAAAACGUCUAUUUUUAAGAAUGUUCGAAAUUUAUCAUGUAAUUGUAAGACCUACCAAAAACUCGACUCUCCAUGAGACUUUUCUUUUCUCAAUUUAGAGGAGACUUUAGAGGUAUUCGAAUGAAUCUGUUAAGAGCUCUAUCGAUGAUCAUUUGUGUCGCGCUUCGCAAACUCGCCGACUUCGAUUGUUGACGUAAUGCGGCACAAAAUACAGUCUUACUAUAUAGUGUUCGAUAUAAAUGUAUGAAGGGCGAUUUAAUUUCGAGAUUACCUCAUCGGAGUCGUGAACGGAUCCUUUAGCGACAGAGAAUAUGGAUAUCUUUUUUCGUCAACUGACAAAGGCCAUAUCGUCUUUACACUCACGCUUCACUCAAGGGUCAUUCGAAGUCGAAGUACUGACGUUCAUGUGAGCUCUGGAUCCGAUUUCGACUUUGCUGACGACAAAUUGUUCGCCGGGCACAUUGAUCGUUUGUACGAAAUAUUUGUGAAAUAUACUGACGAGGAAGCGUUCCCUGAUGCCACGUUCCGUUUGAGUAGAGACUUACACCACUUUGUAGUACUCGAUGAGACUACUGUAGUAAAGGGUUUAAAAAGUUCCUCUCCAUAUGCAGUUCAGCUCGAGUUAUACCUGUUUUACCGGA